AGCAAAUUUAGUGUUAUGUCAUACUCAAAAAAGAUGGUUCCCGUUCAGAUCAAUCAACGGGUCGAUGAUGGUAAUUUGCAGAUACUACAUGAGCAUAAGGACUUAGGUGUGAUCUUUAGCAAUUCUCGAAGCUUAGAGCAAAUUCUCCUAGAUGUUUAGCGAUACGAAAUUACAAGGAGGCAACGAUGAUGCUUUUCAAUUUCUUCGUAUGGAAUCCCUGCUAUAUGACCGCAUGAGACUCUUUGGAGAAGUAGGCAGCGGAUUCAGGCUAUGCACCUGUGCUCUAUUCCUCCGUCAAGGAAACGCGGGAACGCUUCUGGUCUCGUCGAUUCGAAGAUAAAUACAGGCACAGAUGGCAGAGGCAAUCAACUGACAGUCAACAACACAGCAUACCAUAGACGCCAGAUAGCCAUAAAUCUGUAAUAAAUUAAUG